GCCAAAUCUUGAAGAAUUUGUGUUGAAACCCUCAAAAGUUUUUCUUUUUCAAAUAUUCCCGAUAAAUUAUAGAACCAUUGUUUGGAAAAUAAUUGAAAAUGACUGACAACGAACAGCAUUUACGUGAUUUACAAAGAGAAUAUCUUGAUUUCCUGGAUGAUGAGGAAGAUCAAGGAAUCUACACCAACCAAGUCAAAAAAAUGGUUUCUGAGGAAAGUAAACGUUUGUUGGUAAACAUAAACGAUUUACGUCGGAAAAAUCCUGUUCGUGCACAAAGUCUCUUGAAUAAUGCUUUUGAAGAGCAGCUGGCAUUUUCGAGAGCUCUUAAAGAUUUUGUUUCGUCUGUUCAACCCGGCUAUAGCAAAGUACACGAAGACUUUUAUGUCGCAUUUGAAGGAAGUUUUGGUAAUAAACAUGUAACACCUCGUCAACUCACAUCACAGUUCUUGGGAAAUCUUGUUUGUGUCGAAGGAAUCGUUGUGAAAGUUUCACUGGUUCGUCCGAAAGUCGUUAGAUCUGUUCAUUAUUGUCCUGCUACGAAUAAAUUUAUUGAACGUAAAUACACCGAUGCAACAUCUUUUGAAGCCGCUCCAUCAAGCAACGUUUAUCCAACGAAAGAUGAAGACGGAAAUUUACUUGAAACUGAAUAUGGCUUGAGUGUGUAUAAAGAUCAUCAAUCAAUAACGAUUCAAGAAAUGCCUGAAAAAGCUCCAGCUGGUCAAUUACCACGAAGUGUCGAUAUUGUUUGCGACGAUGAUCUUGUUGACAAAUGCAAACCUGGCGAUCGCGUUCAAAUCGUUGGCAACUUUCGUUGCAUGCCAGCUAAAUACGGCGGCUAUACUAAUGGAAUAUUUCGUACAAUCCUUAUUGCUAAUCAUGUAUCUUUAUUGAGCAAGGAAUCAACUGCUAAUGUUUCACGAGAUGAAAUCAACACAUGCAAAAAGCUGGCUAAACGAAAAGACAUUUUUGAGCUUCUUGCAAAAAGUCUCGCACCUUCGAUCCAUGGUCAUGAGUUUGUUAAGAAAGCAAUUUUGUGUUUGUUGCUUGGCGGAGUUGAGAAGAAUUUACCAAAUGGUACUCGUUUGCGUGGUGACAUUAACGUUCUGUUAAUUGGCGAUCCUUCAGUUGCUAAAUCUCAGCUCUUACGUUAUGUUCUUCACACAGCACCACGAGCUAUUCCAACAACUGGAAGAGGGUCUUCAGGUGUUGGUUUAACAGCUGCUGUUACUACAGAUCAAGAAACAGGCGAACGACGUCUUGAAGCUGGCGCUAUGGUUCUUGCUGAUCGUGGCGUUGUUUGCAUUGAUGAAUUCGACAAAAUGACUGACAUGGAUCGAACGGCAAUUCACGAAGUUAUGGAACAAGGUCGAGUGACUAUCUCAAAAGCAGGAAUUCAUGCAUCACUCAAUGCACGUUGUUCUGUUCUUGCUGCUGCAAAUCCUGUUUAUGGACGAUACGAUCAAUACAAAACACCGAUGGAAAACAUUGGCAUGCAAGAUUCGCUUUUAUCACGUUUUGAUUUAUUGUUUGUUAUGCUUGAUACCAUCGACAGUGACUUAGAUAAUGUUAUAUCUGAUCAUGUUGUACGAAUGCAUCGUUACAGAAAUCCAAAAGAACAAGAUGGUGAAGUAUUGACAUGGGGUGACAACACUGUUGAUAUGCUUACAACAUUUAAUCCAGAAUUGGAAGAUAAAGAAACGCCAGUUUAUGAAAAAUAUGACCCAUUGUUACAUGGAGCAUCACGUAAAGCAUCUGACCAAAUUCUUGCAGUUGAAUUCAUGAAAAAGUACAUUAGCGUUGUUAAAUGCAUUAAGCCAAAAUUAUCAGAACCGGCAUGUGAAUUGAUUUCAAAUGAAUAUUCUCGGUUGAGAUCACAGGAAAUGAUGGAAUCGGAUGUCGCAAGAACACAACCAGUGACAGCACGUACUUUAGAAACAUUGAUUCGAUUGUCAACUGCACACGCUAAAGCUCGAAUGGCGAAAAGUGUUACAGCACAAGAUGCUAAAGCUGCUAUUGAACUUGUUCAAUAUGCUUACUUUAAAAAGGUGUUGGAGAAGGAAAAGAAAAAACGUCGUCAUAAUGAAGAUGAUUCUAAUGAUGAGUCUGAAGAUGAAGAUAUGGAAGACGGUGUUUCAGCAAGUUCUGAGUCAACAAAGCGCAGUAAAAGAACAAAAAUUCAUGAUCCAGAACAAGAAGAUGACUUGUUGGAUUCAUCACAGCCGGAUUCCGGUGAUGUAACACAACGAGAAACAAUCACAACUCCACGCGAGCCACAACAACAAGAACCUUCAACUUCAUCUUCAACUGCUUCUGCUAUUACAAUUUCUGAUGAAAGAUUGAAUCUUUUUAAAACAGGUCUCAACAAUAUUUUCCGUGAAUCUCGUGAUUCGAGUUUAUCUGUUCAAAGAAUUGUUGACUAUAUUUUUCGACAUGGUGACAGAACUCCCGUUGAGCCUUAUCCGAAUGAUCCAUACAAAGACCCAUCACUAUGGCCAGUCGGGUUUGGACAGUUAACAAAUACGGGAAAGUUACAACAUUUUGAGCUGGGAAAAUGGCUUCGAAAACGAUACAAUGGCUUAGUUGGUGAAAAGUAUAGCAAGAAUGAAAUGUAUGUGCGAUCAACUGAUAUAGAUCGAGCGUUAAUGUCUGCUGAAUCAAAUUUGGGCGGAUUUUUUCCACCAAAAGGCGCCGACAUAUGGAACGAAAAUUUACCCUGGCAACCGAUUCCGAUUCACACGAUGCCUGAAAAACAAGAUGACAUUCUUGCUGCAAAGAAGUCUUGUCCCGUGUAUGAUUAUGAGUUGAAGAAGCUUCUCAAGUCUGCAGAAUUUAAAGCAUUUGAUAAAAUGUUUAGUCCCGUUUACAAAUACCUCUCGAAAUAUUCUGGGAAGAAAAUCAACUCACUUCAAUCAGUGCAGAAUAUUUACAGCUGUUUACAUAUUGAAGAAAUCUACAACUUCACAUUACCAGAAUGGACGAAAAAAGUUUAUCCAGAUCAACUUUAUUCAAUAUCGGGACUGUCAUUUGCUGUUAAGACUUACACACCACUUUUGGCACGUUUGAAGAGCGGCCCGUUGCUCAAGGAAAUUCUAACUCACUUCAAGAAUAAAACGAUUAAAAAGAUUGAACAAAAUUAUUGGGUUUAUUCAGCACAUGACACGACAGUAGCAAAUAUGUUGAACACGUUGGGAUUGUUUAAAAAAAUGGGAUAUCACAAUCCACCUUACACAGCUAUGGUGAUGUUUGAGUUGAGAAAGUACGAAAACGAUUAUCAAGUGCAAGUUUUCUAUAAAAACACGACAGCAGAUCCGGAACCUUUGGAAUUGCCAGGUUGCGGUACGUCGUGUCCUUUAGAUAAAAUGUUUGAGAUUUAUAAGCCGGUUCUACCAGUCAAGUUGGCAGAUGAGUGCGCUUUAUCUUUGCUUCAAAUGCCUUUAAAUGUCAACGUUGACGACUCCAUCAGUGUCACCGGAAUUUUUCUCUUCAUCACUUUAAUGUUGUUGGCUGGAAUUUUUGUUCUUUACAUCGCAACAGUUUACAAACGUCGUGAUUAUAUUUCCCAGGACAAAUGGAAUCAAAUCGAUCAAUGGAAUUAACAAAUUAAACAAAUCAAACAAAGAACUUUUUCGUUGUGAUCUACAUAAAUGAAAUGCGAACUUCAAAGUUAUCUUUUCUAGAUUAGUUUUUUUUACGUAAAUAUGUAAAGAUUUUUUUUUAAUCAAACGAACACAACAAACAAUCAUGUUAAGGAACAAACAAACGAAAAAGUCACGAGACUAAACCCUGAUCUUAUUUUUUCUUAUUCUAGUUUUUCUCUUUAUUUCAAUUUGCCACACUUUUUAAAUCAGCACGAUGUGGUUUCUUUUCUGUAAUAAGAUAUUUGUGAUUUUGUGAGUGAUUAAGUAGAAAAAAAAUGAAAAUUACAUAAUGUGUUUAAGGCUGUUCACUUAAGAUUAUUUGGAUUUGAAGUUUUCAAGCAAUUUAAACUGCUGAUCGAAGAAAAAUGAAAAUUUGAGUUUUACAAUGUGAGUUUAUUAAGUAUUUAGUUUGAUUUUUAGUUCAAUUCAAUGAUUUAUUCAGCCAUAAUUAUGUUAUUCUAGAUUAGAAGUCGAAUAUCUUAAAUCGAGACUGUUUAUUUCAAAGAGAAACAAAAAAUGUAUUUUUAACGUUGUUUUGAGAAAAUAAAGACAAUUAAAUUACAAAAAAAAAUAAUUUCUUAAUGACCUUUCACUUGAAUGUGGAAUUUACAG